CAAUGUAAGGACAUUCUUCCCACUGACCAUCAAUGUAAGGGGCAUUCUUUCCCACUGACCAUCAAUGUAAGGGACAUUCUUCCCACUGACCAUCAAUGUAAGGGGACAUUCUUCCCACUGACCAUCAAUGUAAGGGGCAUUCUUCCCACUGACCAUCAAUGUAAGGGGCAUUCUUCCCACUGACCAUCAAUGUAAGGGACAUUCUUCCCACUGACCAUCAAUGUAAGGGAAAUUCUUUCCACUGACCAUCAAUGUAAGGGACAUUCUUCCCACUGACCCACCAAUGUAAGGGGCAUUCUUCCCACUGACCAUCAAUGUAAGGGACAU